AUGUUUCUUCGUGGGUGGACUAUAUAAACGUGUUUAUUUCUGUUCCUCAUUCUUCUGUAUCCCGCAGGAGCUCUCCGAUAAACAUCGUGCAUAAUGUUCUAACGGUUCUUCUUCGUGAAUUGUGCUCGAAAGUGAUAAACGGGAAGUGUUCCCUGCCACUGAAUAUCUCUUUUUCCUCCGUGUUCUUUUCGCAUUCAAAUUGUCGGUGUGCACUUUCGACCUUUCUGUGAAAAAUGCACAGGUUUUCCUUGGUUUGGAUCAGUACAUUUUCAUUGCUCCUAACGCGUAUCGACAGCGGCGUUGGCCUCUACGAAAAAGCGCCGCACAUUAUUGUGUUUAUGGCUGACGAUUUGGGUUGGAAUGAUGUUGGUUUUCAUGGCUCGAAUCAGAUACCAACCCCCAAUAUUGAUGCUCUCGGAUAUAAUGGAGUUAUACUGAAUCGACAUUACGUAUUACCAUCCAGUACACCUUCUAGGGCUGCGUAUUUUACUGGACAAUACCCAAUACGCAUUGGCAUGCAGGGAACUGGAAUUCAAGGCGGUGAACCACGUGGUCUGCCACUGAACAUAAAAAUUUUACCAGAAUAUUUACGAGGAUUAGGGUACACUACAAAGUUAAUUGGAAAAUGGCACUUGGGGUUUCAUACACCCCAGUACACACCACCACACAGGGGCUUCGAUUCUUUUCUUGGUUUUUACAAUAGCUACAUUACUUAUUACAAUUACAGUUAUUCUAAUCAGAACAUGGCUGGCUUCGAUAUGCAUCGUGGAGACGAUCCUGCUCACGGAAUUGACCGCGAAUAUGCUACAGACUUCUUCACCGAAGAAGCGAUUAGGAUUAUCGAGAAACACGAGAAUCCCAGACCACUUUAUCUUCAUAUAUCGCAUCUCGCAGUUCACGCCCCGCUAGAAGAACCCGUGGAUCUGUACAACGACAAGCAAUUCACUCAUAUUCGUGAACCAAACCGACGGACAUAUGCCAAAAUGGUGUCGCAGUUGGACGAUUCGGUUGGAAGGAUUUUUCACGCAUUAGGAGAGAAAGGAAUGCUCAGGGACUCUUUGAUCCUGUUUCUCACUGACAAUGGGGCUGCGUCCAUUGGCCACGAUAGAAACUGGGGUUCAAACUAUCCUUUGAGAGGAACAAAAUAUACUUUGUACGAAGGAGGCGUGAGAGGUGUCGCAGCAUUAUGGUCACCGAGGCUACGGAAAUCAGCACGGGUUGUGCAUAAUUUGAUACACAUAACAGAUUGGCUGCCAACUCUUUAUGCGGCAGCUGGUGGAGACUUGAAAGAUCUAGGCGUGAUCGAUGGUGUCAAUCAAUGGCAAGUCCUUAGCGAAGGACGCGGGACUGGCAGGGAGAUCCUGUUACUAAAUAUCGACGAAGUUUUCAAAACCGAGGGAGCAAUAUACAGUCGGUUCAAAUUGCUGCGAGGUUCUAUCCAAAAUGGCAAUUACGAUGGAUAUUAUGGCGAUUCCGGCAGAAUGAGAGAUGUUGUGCCGUAUUCGGAGCAAGUAAUGAACAGUGCAGUAUCUCAGGGUAUCACCUAUCAUUUAGGAGGUCCAGUGACACAACCAAGUACUUUGCUGCAGUUACGAGAAGACGCGGCAACGCUCUAUUGUCGUCCAAAUAUGACGUAUAUUCGUAGGCACGGGUUUACCACUUGUAAUGUUACAGAAUGUUUAUUCGAUAUAAUAAAUGAUCCAUGCGAAACAAGAAACAUUGCCGCGGGUUACCCCAGAAUUGCGCGAGACUUGGACCUUUACCUAGAAAGAUACGGCCGCAUUUUAGUAAGGCAAACCAAAUUACCUGUCGACACAUUGGCCGAUCCUAGAAGAAGGAACAACACGUGGGAACCAUGGAUGAUGUCUGGAGUUAACGUAUACGUACCAAGCGCCGCAGCGAUGCUUGGAAAUUUAGUCUGUUGUGUCCAUCUGUUCUUCAUUUUUAUUUCGAUAUUGUUGAAUAAUUUCGUUUGAACGCGUUACUUUUAUCUUCGUAGUAAAGCGUUGUAAAUGUAACCUUAGAUCACAGAGACAUCGAGAAUUUAUUUAUUUUAGGAGAAAUUUAACAAUGUUACAUAUAUAUUUAUAGAACAAACAAAUAGUUUGAAUUUUAUACUCGCAUUACACAUGCAAUUCAGAGAUUAAAUAAUCAGAAAUGUGAUUAUGUAAGUUAGAUUCUUCUCGCUCUUAAAGACGUUUUGAAAUGAUGAUAUUUCGAUCACUUCGAUCUGUAUGUUUUUAUUAAUAUUUUCUUUCGCAUCUUUCUGUACGUAGUUUCAAAGUACAAAAUUAUUAUGAAAUUUUUUCUAGAUCAAAGGUUCAAAUAAGUUUCUCUGAAUGACUCUAUUGUAAAAAUUUAAAUAAGUUAGUACAAUCAAAAUGUAAUACCUGAAUAAAAUAUGCCAAUAAGAAUCAUCAGAACAAUAUAUCCAAACUGUCGGAGAUGUACUAGAAUAUUUUCUGUAAUAGUGAGCGAACCAAAUUUGAACAUGUUUACUGUAAAGUAACUUUUUUAAUGUUAUUAUGUACACAGUUCACGUGGUUUUAGAAUAAACGUUUUUUUUUCAUGCGCGAAAAUCGUGUACGGUGUAUGGGAAAUGACAUUUAAAAACUAAAUGCACACAUCCCCUUAAAAAUAACUAAUUUCAUCGAAUUAUGUUUUCUUCGCGUAAGAAUUUUCAAUUCUUAUUUGAAAAAUUGUUCAUAAUCAUCAAAGGUUUCGAAGAUAUUCGUAGAUUUCGAUUUAGAUAAUUCGCUCGGUACCUACUAUAAUCAAGGUACUUUGAGUUUUGCUAUACGGAAAUAUAAGUAUAGAAAAGACAGUUAUAACCAGGUCGUUAAAUCUAAAUAAAUGAGAACACACAAAAACUUUAAUUAAUUAAUCUCUAUGUCCUUACUGUUCUCCAUAAAAAUAUAGCCGAUACAAUUCAACAUGUUCUACAAUGUUAGGAAGUUUGACUGAAAUCAGAAUUUUUGAUUUAAGGGAAUUUAAUUUUCAUAAGCAAUCUGCACACAUUUUGAAGAUAUAGCAUAGCAAUCAUUAUCUUAUAUAAAUAUUGACAUUGCCGUUAAUGAAAAAGUUGGCAAUGAUAACACUAAUUAAAUUGCAUAGAUAGAUAUCAGUUCUUACCAAUAUAACAUCUUCCACUUAUCGCUUCUGCAAUAAAAGUUAUCCUACAUAAUCAGCAAACACAGCAAUUAGCAAAACAUCGGUAUACCCAAAUCGUUGCAUUUGAACACGGAAUUGUACGAAAGAAAUUAUUUAUUAUAUUGAAAUAACUUUUUACUGAAGUAGAUGAUUUAGAAAUUACGUUAAAUGAUUCAUAAUACAUUUUCGAAACCUUGCUUUUUUUUUAUUUUAUUUUUCACAAAGUACUAUCUAAGUUAACCAUCAAAAUUACCCAACGUCAAUUAUAUUCAUUUUAUUAAUUUAAUUGAAAAAAUGAUUUUCGUAAAUAUUUUUAUUUGAUGCAAUGUUUGAUAACAUUGAUAAUGUAAAUAAUUCUUUUUGUACAUGCAAUUGUGGAAAAGAUACAAAAUCAAUUUAACUUGUUUUUAGUGGCAUCCUACAUGUCUUUAUUUAUAAUAUGGUCGUGUUUAUUAAAUCGAAUUAAACAAUGUAUCUCAGAAAAUCAUAAAUUAAUAUUUUAUGUAUGUAAAUGUAUAAAUUAAUUUCAAAAUAAUUUCUAUAUUUUUAUGUACGAAAGUCUAUUUGCACCGAAUAAUGUCUCCCUUCAAACAGAGUACUUUAUAUAAAAUAUGCGGUAUUAUAUCUGAAGAGAUAAAUAAAAUCAGACAUAAGUAUUACUAGAAUUUAGCAUAAAAUUGCAUCAACUCAGUAUAUUCGGUAAAUCAAAAAUAUUAUGGAAUCAGAAAUCAUUGCAUUGUUAAUUGUUCAUAUAUAAAGAAAUGUAAACACUCCAAUAAAUACUUCAUUCCUUUCUGACAUAUAUUCCAAAUAGCAUUUUACAGACUAUCAUGCUCAUACUUCUAAAGAUAGUGCAAUAAUUUGUGACGAAUAGAUUAAAACUACUUAAAAACCUUUGACUUUGCAACCUAAGAACAGUGAAACGAUACAAUUUUGAACGA